GGGAUGAAGGGAGGGGCCGUGUGUGAACUAGGGGGACCACAUCCUCCAACCAAGCUGGCUGGGCUUUUUUAAUCAACACUGACCCUUGGACAGGAGCAGAACGCUGCCUAGCAGACCCUGAAGGUUUACAUCAGUGCCACUGACCCAUAUGAGCCUGAUGCUGGAUGACCGAGCCCCUAUGGAGGCUCAGUAUGCAGAGGAGGGCCCAGGACCCAGGAUGUUCACAACAGAGCCGGGAGACCAGCAGCAACCCACCUCCCGGGCUGGGCGCCAGGGCUCCAUGCAGCGCGGCUGUGUAGUGCUGGGAGUCCUGGGGCUGCUGGCCAGUGCGGGUAUCAGCUCAUGGCUUCUAGCGCUGUAUCUGUGGCCGGCCGCCUCUCAGCCUGUUUCUGGGACCUUGCAGGAUGAGGAGAUGACGCUGAGCUGCUCAGAGGCCAGCAGUGAGGAAGUUCUGCUCCCCUCACUUCCCAAAACAGUAUCUUUCAGAGUAAACGGCGAGGACUUCUUGCUGGAAGUGCAGGUGAGGACCCGGCCAGACUGGCUCCUGGUCUGCCAUGAGGGCUGGGGCCCUGCCCUGGGGGUGUGGAUCUGCCGCAGCCUCGGGCAUCUCAGACUCACUCACCAAAAGGGUGUGAACCUGUCUGACCUCAAGCUCAGCAGCUCCCAGGAGUUCGCCCAGCUCUCUCCUGGCCUGGGAGGCCUCCCUGAGGAGGUGUGGCAUCCCAGUUUCAGGCUGGCCUGCCUGUCCAGCUGGCGGGUUCACGCGGGGCUGGUCAGCCACAGCGCUGUCAGGCCACACCAGGGGGCUGUGGUGGACAGGAUUAUCCCCCACCCCUUCUACAGCGCCCAGAGCCAUGACUACGACGACGUCGCCCUCCUGCGGCUCCAAACUCCACUCAACUUCUCAGACACCAUGGGAUGUGUGCCUGCCAAGGAGCAAUACUUUCUGAGGGGCUUGCAGUGCUGGGUGUCUGGCUGCGGCCACACCGACCCCAGCCACACCCACAGCUCAGACAUGCCCCAGGACACAGUGGUGCCCCUGCUCAGCACUCAGCUUUGCAACAGCUCUUGCAUGUACAGCGGGGCUCUCACCCACCUCAUGUUGUGUGCUGGCUACCUGGACGGAAGGCCUGAUGCAUACCAGGGGCAUAGCGAGAGCCCCUUGGGGUGCCCAGGUGGGGGCACAUGGUGCCUGGUGGGGGUGGUCAGUUGGGGUCGUGGCUGCGCAGAGCCCAAUCACCCAGGCGUCUAUGCCAAGGUGGCUGAGUUCCUGGACUGGAUCCACGACACUGUACAG